AAAUUAAAAAACAAACAUUAAAAUUUCACAAUGUUGUCCAUGGUGUCGCGAUGGGUCGGACACGACUUCACAAGUAACAAUAUUUAGAGUGAAAUAGUCCCUAGAUGUGCCUUUUUUGUCCAAUUCAUCACAGAUGCAGACAAGUGUACAUGUAUGAAAUCUACCAUUGUUGAACUGCUGCAAAAGGUAUAGAAUAGAUAUAAAGUAUCUUGAGAACAGCAUAUAAAUCAAUUUUCCAUAUGAGGGCAAUUGGCCCCAAAUUAGUGACUAAAUCUCCAAUAAAACAAUCCCUUUAAAAGUGGAGUGCUAAUUUGUUCUACACUUACUUAUUUCCUUACUUAACAGAUGGUAUUCAGAAAAUGUAUUUGUUAGCAAUAACUGCUAUGCUACAAAUCCAUUGAAUCUUUAAAAAUAAUGAGGGAAACUUGUGGAACCAAUUUAAUAGCUAUGUCCGAGAGCCGGGGACCCAACCGAGAGCCGGAGACCCAACCAAGUCGUUCCGUUUAUCUAUGUUUCAUUGAAUCUUUAUUAAAAAGGGAAUAUUAAAGUAUUUUGAGAAAUAUAAAUUUGAUAGUUUUGAAUUUGGCUUUUAUCUUGGUACAAAAGCUGGCAUCCUGUGGAGAGACACUAUAGGGAUACCUUUAGCAAUUGGUAUUUCAUGUAUGGAAAUAGAAGUUCUGUAAAUGUGUAAAUAUUGUUCGGGAUGUAUUGACAAGUGAUAUAUAUAAAUGGCAAUGUCAGUAGAAUAGGAUUAGAACAUCAGUAGAAGGAUAUUCUGUCACUUUUUGGGGGGAUCUGCCUCUCAGUAUGUUAUUCAUAGCUACUAGUUAGAUUGAUACUUUUGUUUUGAUGGUUAUGCAUUAUAGUUUUGAGAAUAUUCAGCAUACAAAUCUUUCUCUGAAAAUUUGGCUAUAAUAAAAUAAUAAAUAAUGCUGUUCUCUAGAUAUCUACAUUGCAAUUGCAAUCCAAAUGAUAAUUUUUAUUUUGCAGAUGAGCAAGAUGAAGGUUGAUGAAGAAGAAUAUUGGAACAGUUCCAAAUGUAAGGCCUUUACUUUUGAUGAUGAAGAUGAUGAACUGCUUCAGUUGAAGGAAUCCAAGAGAACUGUCAAUAGCCUUCCAGAUAUUACAGAUGAUGAUGAUGAUGACCUUGAGAAGUUCAACUGGAGUGGGGAACCUGUGGGCAGCAUUUCUUGGUCAAUUAAAGAAACUGCCUCUAGCAGCAGUAGCAGCAGUACCUCUGAAGGAAGGGAUCCGAAUCAGCAAAAGGGCUCUUCUUAUGCAGCUAUACCCAAGCAAUCUUCUUCAUACCUACUGAGCAGCUUUUUUAAAGGAAGAACUAAGCAUGGGAGUUUCCAUUCACUUUCAGAUGCUCUUACAGACACAGGAUUUAAACAUUAUGCUCCAGAAUUACGCAGACCAAAAGGAGAUUAUAAGGAUUACAAUUCUGAUUGGAGCCCCAACGAUACAGUAAGACGGCUGCAGAGAGGCAAGGUGUGUUCCUUGGAAAGGUUCCACUCCUUGCAGGACAAAUUACUGCUGCUGGAUGAAGCUGUUGCGUUGCAUGAUGGGAAUGUUAUUACAGCUAUACUCAUUUUUCUAAAAAGAACCUUAAGGAAAGAGAUCCUGUUCAGAGAGCUGGAGAUGCGGCAAGUUGCUUUGCGCCAUUUAAUACAUUUUCUCAAGGAGGCUGGAGACCAAAAACUUCUCCUAGACCUGUUGAGAUUCCUGGGCAGGACUGAGGAAGUUGCUCUGACCCAAUACCGUGAACAUUUGACUAUCUCGGAUGCUGAGAAAAGAAGGGAGUUUCUGAAAAGUUGCAUUGGGUUGCCCUUUUCAUCAGAGGAUGCUGCUCAUGUUCAGGAUCAUUAUACACUCUUGGAGAGACAGAUUAUCAUUGAGGCAAAUGACAAACAUUUAGAAUCAUCUGGGCAGACGGAAAUCUUUCGAAAACACCCUAGAAAAGCUUCCAUUCUAAACAUGCCAUUAGUCACUACGCUUUUCUAUUCCUGCUUCUACCAUUACACAGAAACUGAGGGAACAUUCAGUAGUCCAGCAAACUUGAAGAAAACUUUCAAGAUUCCAGACAAACAGUACGUGCUAACAGCUCUGGCGGCUCGUGCCAAACUCCGAGCUUGGCAUGAUGUGGAUGCUUUGCUCACAACAAAGAAUUGGUUAGGCUAUACCAAAAAAAAAGCUCCUAUUGGUUUCCAUCGAGUGGUGGAGAUAUUGCAGCGGAACAACGCCCCGGUGCAGGUCCUGCAGGAGUACGUGCAUUUAAUAGAAGAUGUUGAGACUAAGCUGAAUCUUGCUAUGAAAUACAAGUGCCACGAUGUUGUUAUAGAUACAUACAAAGACUUGAAGGACCGUCAGCAACUGAUGGCAUACAGAUGCAAAGUUGAACGGGGUUGUCCAGCAGAGGAGAAGAUCGACACUAUCCUCAGUAACCCACAAAUCCGGUGGAAGAACUGAAAGAAACUCCUUUUUUUUUUGAAGCACUUCAUUUUGACCCAUUGAGAUCAAAGAGAAAGAUUGCCACGCCAGUUCUGCACUGAUUUCAGUCCACUGUCAACUUGCCUGAAGCCUUUGCUGAAAGAUACUUCUGUGGCACUGAGUUGGCCAACAUUUAACCAAUGAAGCACAAAUCCGAACAGUUGAACUCCACAGUAUAAACAUAUGAGGAAGACAACAUUGUAUAGACAUGGGAAGCAUGUUUGAGUCAAGAACUUAAUGCUUCCACUUCCUCUUCACUGUCUAAUCAUCUGAAAUGAUCAGGACAGCUUUCUAUAAGACAAAAAAUAUAAUAAAUAUGCUUUCCCCUCAUUUGAAUCUCAGGGGCAAGACUGUUGUUCUUAGUGAUAUGAAAACUCUAUCCUGCACAUUAUUCUAGCCUCCAUUACUAAUUAACUAGGAUAAUUAUUUGGGAAGUGCUGCAUAAGAUUAUUAAGAAUAAACCUACAUACAUACUCCACAUUAAAAGUUGGAGUGCGUAACUGCAUGGCCCUUCAGCCAGUGAGAAUGUGAGUUCAGUUCUACAUGGAAACUACUAAUCUUCUUGUAGGGUGUACUGAACUAAUUAAAUUAUAUUUUCUCUCAAAUUCCAAUGAAAAUAAUUGGUUAUGUUUCAAGGUUUGUUAGCAAAUCUACAUCCUCUUUCUAGGCUUCAUGUUGUCUUUCGCUUUCCAUGUUGUAAAUAAAGCUUUA